AUGCUAUGUCAGACAUUUCGCAGAUUUGGUCAAAAACUGGUUCGCAGACUUCCAAUGGAGCAUCAGGAGGCUGAGACGGACACUGCCAUAAGCCUGAGCACUCUGGAUUUAGUGGUGCUGAGCAUAGACCAAAUGUUGGGUGCAGGUGUGUAUGUCCUGGCUGGUGAGGUGGCUAGCAAUCAAGCAGGACCAUCUUUUGUGAUCUGCUUUUUGGUGGCUGGCCUAUCUUCUAUACUGGCUGGGUUGUGCUAUGCAGAGAUUAGUGCCCGGAUUCCCCAUUAUGGCACUGCAUAUCUCUACAGCUAUGUCACUAUAGGUGAAAUCUGGGCUUUCAUCACUGCCUGGAGCCUCAUCAUCUCCUAUGUUGCUGAUACAGCCAUGGUGGUGUGGACAUGGCACUUAGCUUUUAAUUACCUGCGUGAGAACCAGUUCUCUCAGGCCCUGCAUGAGAGUAUUGCACCACAUGUUUCCCGUGUCCUUACAGAAUAUCUAGACUUCUUUGUUGUGGGCCUUGUGUUGUUCCUCAUGGAAUUGCCUAUUCUGAGAAAAAGUCACUUCCUCCUGGUUAGCAGAGUAGUCACUGUGGUGAAACUUUUGAUUCUAAGUUUUGUCAUCAUCUCUGGCUUCAUUAAGGGGGACCUGCACAACUGGAAGCUCACAGAAGAGGACUACAUAAAGGCUGGACUCAAUGAGACCUCUAGCUUGGGUCCCCUGGGCUCUGGAGGAUUUGUGCCUUUUGGCUUUGAAGGUAUUCUCCGUGGAGCAGCUACCUGUUUCUAUGCAUUUAUUGGUUUUGACAAUAUUGUGACCAGAGCUAAAGAAGUCCAGAAUCCCCAGCGUUCCAUCCCCAUGAGCAUUGUGGUUUCACUGUUCAUCUGCUUUUUGGUUUACUUUGGUGUCUCUGCGUCACUUACACUUAUGAUGCCUUACUACAAACUUCAACCCGGGAACACCCUGCCUGAGACAUUUCUCCAUAUUGGCUGGGCCCCUGCCUACUAUGUCGUUACUUUUGGAUUUUUCUGUAGUCUUUCUGCACUCAUCUUGGGCUUUAUGUUACCCAUUAAUCAGGUGAUAUACAAGAUGGCAAUGCAUGGCCUCCUGUUCCCUGUCCUUGCCUGGAUCCAUACUGGCACAUACACCCCCAUCAUGGCUGCUGUGGUCUUUGGAAUUGUUGCAGCCAUGAUGAUAUUCUUCUUUAAACUCACUGAUCUCUUGGACCUCAGGUCAGUUGGGUCCCUGAUAUCUUACUCUUUGGUUGCUCUUUGUGUUCUCAUCCUCAGGUAUCAGCCUGAGGUGAAGAAAGGGGGAAAUGAAGCAGAGAUGCAGGAGGAUAAUGGACCUGCAGCACAGAAGCUGACUCUACGGAAGCUACUUUUUCCAGGCAGCUCCACUCCCACUCCACUCUCUGGCAGAGUUGUCUAUGUUUGCUCCUCACUGCUUGUUCUGCUGCUCAUUCUUCUUUGCCUGGUGCUGAUUCAGUGGCCAGUUCUGUUUUCUGGAGACCCAGUGUGGAUUUCAGUGGUUGUGAUGCUCCUGGUGCUCAUCACAGGGCUCACUGGGAUCAUCUGGAGACAGCCACAGAGAUCCAGUCCCCUUUAUUUUAAGGUUCCUGCUCUGCCCAUCCUCCCAGUACUGAGCAUCUUUGUGAAUGUCUGCUUUAUGAUGCAGAUGACAACUGGCAUCUGGACCCCAGUUAGUAUCUGGAUGCUGAUUGGGUUUGCUACCUACUUUGCCUAUGGAAUUCAACAAAGCCUGGUUGCUUAAUCCCGCUUAAAUUUGGGGCAUAAUUUUAUAUCCUGCAAUUUUGCUUAAUUCACAUAUGAGUCCUA